AUGGAAGGCUGGUUGGCAUAUGGAAAUGCAGUGAAUUAUAAACAGUUGAUGAAGGCAAUUAGAUACGCUUUCGCUCUUGCCUCAAAAAAGGCACAAAAAUCAACAUCAUUGAACAAUGAGGAAAUUGAUAUAGAGUUUUAUCCAAAGAAAGACACUGGUUUCCAGAGGAUAGGCAGUGCAAAAUGUAUCGUGGCAUUUCUUUCGUUCACAAGCAAUGAGGGUGCAACAUUUAGACAUGUGGCAGAUAGGUUUGAUCUGUCAAUGAGUACAUGGUAUUUGCUGAAAUGGGGGUUCCAGGAACAACAGGGUGUAUACGUAGAUGGGAGCCACAUUAAAAUUGAUACCCUCAGAGAAGAUCCUGAUUCUUAUUUGAAUAGGAAGAAGUUUUAUUCGAUUCAGAUGCAAGUUAUCUGUGAUGACAACAGAAAAAUAAGGGAUGUGUUUAUUGGGUAACCAGGUAGUGUCCAUGAUGCAAGAGUGUUCCGAAAUAGUCUGCUGUGUGGUGUAAGGACUGGGUAAUUCUGGGAGACAGCGCCUAUCCUUGUUUGAGGAACUUAUUAACUGCUUAUAAGGAUACAGGUAGUCUGUCGCAGGUGCAAAAGAGUUUUAAGAAAAAAAUGAGUCAUUGUAGUGUUAAUUGAGCAUACAAUAGGUAUGUAGAUAUAGGUGAUGAGGG